AUGGAUUGCGGAUCUUCAGUGACGAUCAGUGCAGAAAAAGCACAAGUUCAAGCGCAUUGUGGCGUGAAAAAGGGCGACGAUUUGGUGAAUGCACGCGCUGGGGUCUCUGCAGCGGGCCAAGUGCCCAACGGACCCGUCACCACCAGCGUCUAUGGCCAAUUGAAUGCCAACGGCCAUAGCUUGAGCGUGGAGCGCGGCCACACCCAAGGACUAAGCACCGCCACAACAGUGGCCGGCAAUGCCAGUCUGUUGGCCAACAAACAUCACGAGCUCAACGCCAAUGCCUUCCAUAGUCACAUAAAGCCAAACCACGGCCCGAGCUUUGACAAAAUGGGCGGCGGCCUCAGUUAUCAAAGCGCCGGCGGACAUGCCGCCAAUGUGGGCGUCUCUCAUAUUCCACAGGCCCAUAUGACGACCAUGAAUGCGGGCGCCUCAGCGAAUCUCUGGACCUCCUCUAGUGGCAAUAGUUCCCUCAAUGCCAACACGAAUGCAAUGCGCCACAUGAGUGGACCUUUCAAAGGGCGCAAUGACUUCGGAGGUGGCUUCAAUUUUCAGCACCGCUUCUAGAAAGCAACUCUGGGGGUAUUACUUGCACAUGAGCAACAACUGUUCUUUUUAACCAGAAUUAUGUAAAUGUAUAUCUUAAAUAUUAAAUAAUGUAUUUGGUAAAUUCAAAUAAA